AUGAAAGUGACCGUGUGCUUCGGCAGGACCCGGGUGGUCGUGCCGUGCGGGGACGGCCACAUGAAAGUUUUCAGCCUCAUCCAGCAAGCGGUGACCCGCUACCGGAAGGCCAUCGCCAAGGAUCCAAACUACUGGAUACAAGUGCAUCGACUGGAACAUGGAGAUGGAGGAAUUCUGGAUCUCGACGACAUCCUCUGUGAUGUGGCAGAUGACAAAGACAGACUGGUAGCCGUGUUUGAUGAGCAAGACCCACAUCAUGGAGGUGAUGGCACCAGUGCCAGCUCCACAGGCACCCAGAGCCCAGAGAUAUUCGGCAGUGAGCUCGGCACCAACAAUGUCUCAGCCUUCCAGCCUUACCAAGCAACAAGUGAGAUCGAGGUCACCCCUUCAGUCCUUCGUGCGAAUAUGCCUCUUCACGUCCGACGGAGCAGUGACCCAGCGUUAAUUGGCCUUUCCACGUCUGUCAGUGAUAAUAACUUCUCUGAAGAGCCUUCAAGGAAAAACCCCACACGCUGGUCGACAACCGCUGGCUUCCUCAAGCAAAACACUGCUGGCAGUCCUGCAGCCUGUGACAGGAAGAAAGAUGAAAACUACAGAAGCCUCCCACGGGACACUAGUAACUGGUCUAACCAAUUUCAGAGAGACAAUGCUCGCUCAUCUCUGAGUGCCAGUCACCCAAUGGUGGACAAGUGGCUGGAGAAGCAAGAACAGGAUGAGGAUGUUGCAGAGGAAGACAGCAGCCGUGUGGAACCCGUGGGCCAUGCCGACACCAGUGUGGAGAACAUCCCCAACUUCUCUCUGGAUGCUAUGGUAAAGCUCGUACAAGUCCCCAACGAUGGAGGGCCUCUGGGAAUCCAUGUAGUGCCUUUCAGUGCUCGAGGCGGCAGAACCCUGGGGUUAUUAGUAAAACGAUUGGAGAAAGGUGGUAAAGCUGAACAAGAAAACCUUUUUCAUGAGAAUGAUUGCAUUGUCAGGAUUAAUGAUGGCGACCUUCGAAAUAGAAGAUUUGAACAAGCACAACACAUGUUUCGCCAAGCCAUGCGGACAUCCAUCAUUUGGUUCCAUGUGGUUCCCGCAGCCAAUAAAGAGCAGUAUGAACAACUGUCCCAAAGCGAGAGGAACAAUUACUACUCCAGCCGCUUCAGCCCGGACAGCCAGCAUGUGGAUCACAGGGGUGUGACCAGCGCGGGGCCGCAGGCCCUGCCCAGGGCGUCCCGGCUGAACCCCCCACCUGAGCACGCGGACCCUCACCCCCGACUCCUACCUCAGAGCGCGCAGCCCUUGGGAAAGCCGCCUGCCGCUCCGGCCCUGGCAGCACAGCAUGUGUUCAGUCCCAGCAGUGGUUACAACACCAAAAAAAUAGGCAAGAAGCUUAACAUCCAGCUCAAGAAAGGUACAGAAGGUUUGGGAUUCAGCAUCACUUCCAGGGAUGUAACAAUAGGUGGCUCAGCACCAAUUUAUGUGAAAAACAUUCUCCCAAGGGGCGCUGCCAUCCAAGACGGCCGGCUGAAGGCUGGUGAUAGACUCAUAGAGGUUAAUGGAGUCGAUCUAGCAGGCAAAUCCCAGGAGGAAGUUGUUUCCUUGUUGAGAAGCACCAAGAUGGAAGGGACUGUGAGCCUUCUGGUCUUUCGCCAAGAAGAUGCCUUCCACCCAAGGGAACUGAAUGCAGAGCCAAGCCAGAUGCAGAUUCCAAAAGAAACGAAAGCAGAAGAUGAGGAUACCGUUCUCACACCCGACGGCACCCGGGAAUUUCUGACGUUUGAAGUUCCGCUGAAUGAUUCAGGAUCUGCUGGUCUUGGCGUCAGUGUCAAAGGUAACCGGUCGAAAGAGAACCACGCAGAUUUGGGAAUCUUCGUCAAGUCCAUUAUUAAUGGAGGAGCAGCAUCGAAGGAUGGGAGGCUUCGGGUUAAUGAUCAACUGAUAGCAGUGAAUGGAGAAUCCCUGUUGGGCAAGACAAACCAGGAUGCCAUGGAAACCCUCCGGAGGUCCAUGUCCACUGAAGGGAACAAGCGAGGAAUGAUCCAGCUCAUUGUGGCGAGGAGAAUAAGCAAAUGCACUGAGCCGAAGUCGCCUGGGAGCCCCUCUGGACCCGAGCUGCCCAUUGAAACGGUGUUGGAUGAUAGAGAACGACGGAUUUCCCAUUCCCUCUACAGCGGGCUCGAGGGUCUUGAUGAAUCACCCACAAGAAAUGCUGCGCUCAGUAGGAUAAUGGGUAAAUACCAGCUGUCCCCCACGGUGAAUAUGCCCCAGGAUGACACUGUCAUUAUUGAGGAUGACAGGUUGCCAGUGCUUCCACCACAUCUCUCUGACCAGUCAUCUUCCAGCUCCCAUGAUGAUGUAGGAUUUGUGACGACAGAUGCUGGCACGUGGGCCAAGGUUGGCAUCAGCGACUCUGCAGACUGCUCUUUGAGUCCAGACGUCGAUCCAGUUCUUGCUUUUCAACGAGAAGGAUUUGGACGUCAGAGUAUGUCAGAAAAACGCACAAAGCAAUUUUCAGAUGCCAGUCAAUUGGAUUUCGUUAAAACGCGAAAAUCAAAAAGCAUGGAUUUAGGUAUAGCUGACGAGACUAAACUCAAUACAGUGGAUGACCAGAAAGCAGGUUCCCCCAGCAGAGAUGUGGGGCCUUCCCUGGGUCUGAAGAAGUCGAGCUCUUUAGAGAGUCUGCAGACAGCAGUUGCCGAGGUGACUUUGAAUGGGGACAUUCCUUUCCAUCGCCCUAGGCCACGGAUAAUCCGAGGAAGGGGAUGCAAUGAGAGCUUCAGAGCUGCCAUUGACAAGUCCUAUGAUAAACCUGCAGUGGAUGAUGACGACGAAGGCAUGGAGACGUUGGAAGAAGACACGGAAGAAAGUUCGAGAUCAGGAAGGGAAUCUGUAUCCACAGCCAGCGACCAGCCUUCCCACUCCCUGGAGAGACAGAUGAAUGGAAACCAAGACAGAGGCGAGAAGCCCGAUCGGAGGAAAGAGAAAAUGGGCAAGGAAAAGAAGAAAGACAGAGAGAAGGAGAAGGAGAAGAUGAAAGCCAAGAAGGGGAGGCUGAGGGGCUUGGGAGACAUGUUCAGGUUUGGCAAACAUCGAAAAGAUGACAAGAUUGAGAAAACGGGUAAAAUAAAAAUACAGGACUCCCUUACGUCAGAAGAGGAGAGAGUACGGAUGAAGCAGGAGCGGGAAAGGAUUCAAGCCAAAACUCGAGAAUUUAGGGAGCGACAGGCUCGGGAACGUGACUAUGCUGAAAUCCAAGAUUUUCAUCGGACAUUUGGCUGUGAUGAUGAGCUGUUGUACGGGGGAAUUUCUUCCUAUGAAGGUUCCAUGGCUCUCAGCACCAGACCUCAGAGCCCAAGAGAAGGGCAUAUGAUGGAUGCUUUGUAUGCCCAAGUGAAGAAGCCGCGGAAUUCCAAACCUUUACCUGCAGACAGCAACAGAUCAACUCCUAGCAACCAUGAUCGGAUACAGCGUCUCCGGCAAGAAUUUCAGCAAGCAAAACAGGAUGAAGACGUGGAGGAUCGGAGACGUACCUAUAGCUUUGAACAACCCUGGCCCAACUCCAGGCCGUCCGCGCAGAGCGGGCGACACUCGGUGUCGGUGGAGGUGCAGAUGCAGCGGCAGCGGCAGGAGGAGCGCGAGAGCUUCCAGCAGGCCCAGCGCCAGUACAGCUCGCUGCCCCGGCAAAGCAGGAAGAACGCCAGCUCUGUCUCCCAGGAUUCUUGGGAGCAGAACUACCCUCCCGGGGAAGGCUUCCAGAGUGCCAAGGAGAACCCCAGGUACUCGAGCUACCAAGGUUCCCGGAACGGCUAUCUGGGCGGGCACGGCUUCAACGCCAGGGUCAUGCUGGAGACCCAGGAGCUGCUCCGCCAGGAGCAAAGGCGGAAGGAGCAGCAGAUGAAGAAGCAACCUCCGGCCCCCGAGGGGCUCAACAACUAUGAUUCGUAUAAGAAAGUCCAGGACCCCAGUCACAUCCCUGCCAAGGGGCCAUUCCGGCAGGACGUGCCCCCCUCGCCGUCUCAGGUUGCCAGGCUGAACAGACUCCAGACCCCCGAGAAAGGGAGGCCCUUCUAUUCCUGA